ACCUAACUUGUUUUAUUUAACUAUUUAUUUAUUUACCCAUUGGUUUAAUACAAUUGUUUACAUUAAUGAAACUUUUGGUUACACCUAUAAAAACUUUAUAGACCACUUUGAAAAAAACAGAAUUCAGAAAUCCAGAAAACACCGGUCCAGAAUUUUUAUUUAAUAUAAAAAAAUCAUACAUAUAAUUAAACAAGUGCAUGAGUGUAGUGUAGUGUACUGUAGUGAAACUGUUCUUAUGGACCAGCGUUGAACCAGUGUUGUUUAUGUCAUCUAAAGUGGUCUAUAGGUCUAACAUUUUUUAACUAAAUCAGCCAGUAAGUGAUCAGUUUGUGCAUGUGGCACUUUUAAAACAUUGCUUUGUUUGUUUGAGCAUCCUGAUCAGCCCAGGACGGCAACAUAAGAUUGACCAAAGACAUGCAAAAUUAAAAUGAAUUAUAAAGUUAAAAUCAAUAUGGUUUCUGUAGGAUUGCGAAACAGACUUAGAAAAGGAUUUCUAGCUUCAGUUGUCUCCUCAAAAAGCAACAUGACAAUAGCCACUGUAAAGACACAGGACACAAUCUUCUGCCUGACAGAACAAAUGUAAUGCAAACAGAUGUGAGGAGAGGAGAGAAGACAACAGUGUGAAUUAUGAGAACAGAGAGUAAGUCUGCUGGAGGGAGAAGAUGAAUGAAUGGAGCAUUUGGCAGGGAGGUUCGAUGGUGUUAAAAGACAGAGAAGACACUAGGACAGGGGUUACACAGGCAGCAGUUGAAUUUUUUUUACUUUUUUCAAUUUCACCCUUCAGGCAAAUGUCCAGAAAAACAAAAAGUACUUGUUUUUCAAAUUCAUAAUUCAGCGCUGGUCAUGGUGAUAUUUGAAGAACUUUCUCUCACGCAUCUGUGGAUUUGUCCUGUAUAUGAAGGGUUAUAGAAAUAGGUUCAACUAUAUUCAAAACUGGAUCUUUUUACUUGCAAGCUUUUAUUACCACACCACAACCCUGUCCUGAGAUUGUUAUUUCAAAAUGAUUUUAGAAUUUUAAAAAUUUGAGUUUUGGAACAUGGUGGCUGAUGUUAAUGUUCCAAGGAUAUUAUUUUAAUCAGCUUAACUAUUUUUUUGUGCAUUCAUUCCUUUAUUCAUACUUUUCUUUUCAGCAUACAGUAUGCUGCCAAAAUGUGUUUUUUUUACUUGGCAAAGAGGUGAUUUGACGGCUUUAAUUUUUCUUAGAUUGUAUUUUCAGUGUCACGUUUGCAUUAAAUGUGCAACAUUUUAUGCCAGACACAGACAGCCAACUACAUUGUGUUUUCCUGUCACCAAUUUUUGGACUAGUUAAACAUUAUAACUCACCUGAUCGUAAAAGUAGGCAUCUGCUCAGCAUGUUUUUGUGUAUAUACUGUACAGUACAUGUAUAUACAGUAUAUAAGAAGGAUGCCAAAGUCCCUUAAGUGUAAUUGCAGAGUUUUAAUAGCUAACAGGGUUGGAUGUUAAAAAAUGCAUCUUGGUUCACUUAGUGCCUUUUUAUAUUACACUGACACUCUUAAAAAUAAAGGUGCUUAAAAGGUUCUUCACAGCGAUGCCAUAGAAGAAACAUUUAGCCAAAGGUUCUUUGAAGAACCAUCUCUUUCGCUCUUAUUCCGAAUAACCUUUUUUGGCACAAAGAACCUUUUGUGAAACAGAAAGGUUCUUCAGAUGUUAAAGGGUCUUUAUGGAACCAAAAAGUUCUUCCAUGGCAUCAAAGAACCUUUUGAAGCACCUUUUUUAUAUAUAGAAGAUACGACACUGAUGUAUAUUUGCUAAUAUAUGACAUAAUUUAAGGGAAAUGUUUGUUUUUGUAAGAAACAGAUGUUUAAACUGUUGUUUAAACAGAUGUGUAGCCAGGGAGUCAAUAUGUUGGAAUGUAGGAACCAAACAGUUAGGCAAUAAAUGUGCAAAUAAAUGCCAAAUUCCCAUAAAUUAUUCAAAUAAAACAACGAAAAGUUUCAAUUUAUCCAGUAUUUCAGAAGCACUUCCUGUUUCAGUUGUUGUAAAUGUUCUGUUGGUAAUAUUUUUUAACAUUUGUGUACUGUUAAAAACUUGAAACAGGAAGUGUUUCAGGACAGGACCAGUGUUGUUUAGGUCUUACAAAGUGGUCUAUAUACAGUACUGAAAAAGAGUUCUGAAAAAAGAUCUAACCGACUUAGUCAACAAAUUCACCAUUGUCAUAACCAUAGUGGAUGUAUCGCAUAUUAUGAUUUUAAAUUUUUAGGAAUAUGAUCCUUACAGUUGUACUGACAAGUCUAUCCGAGAAACCAUUCCCUACAAAAACCUUCAUCGCAGCUUCUUGACGUGUUUUUCAGAUCGCAUUCACCUAGCAAGGAUUUCUUGUCCUUCGUUCACAUCAUGGAUGUUCUUUUCACAUCCUCCUUCCCUGUAUUAUGCCACCACAAUCUCACGGCUCCCUGCUCCGACAACCAAACCGCAAACUCCACAUCUCCCGCUCUGGUUAACCCACCAGCUUUUGGAAUGUCCUACUUUACCAUGACCCUCGGCACACUCUCAAACCUCACGGCUCUGGCCAUCCUAGCCCAUUCCUACACCCGCUUCCGUCGUCGUGCCAAAGCCCCGUUCCUAUUGCUGGCUUCAUCCCUGCUUCUGAGUGACCUGGCGGGUCACGUGAUCACAGGGGCCCUGGCACUGCACCUUCAUUUGGGAAGAGUAAAGCAUCACGGGAAGGCAGUGAUCCUAGAGCCUCCACAGGCAUACUGUAAACUGUUCGGGGCUUGCAUGGUGUUUUUUGGUCUUUGCCCUCUGAUGCUGGGAAGCGUGAUGGCGGUGGAGCGUUGCGUAGGGAUCACGCAACCUCUCCUGCACUCCACCGUGGUUACCAUCGCACGCAUCCGCCUCGCCAUACUGCUAAUCGCCUCCACGGCUCUCAGUUUAGCGGGACUCCCCCUGCUGAACGUGGGGGAUUACAAACCACAGUUCCCCGGUACCUGGUGCUUUUUACCAGUGUAUGGUUCACUUUCCACAGCAGAUGCAAGCCUGGCCUUGGCUUUUUCCACAUUGGGGAUUGUCUCAUUGACAGUCUCUGUUCUUUCGAAUACAAUAAGUGGGAUGCAGUUGCUCCAGGCGAGGUUUAAGGAUAAGUGUGUUAAGUCAAGCAUUGCUAGGAGACAAGGGUCAGUCUCCUCCUCAUCCCUACGUUCCCUGGACGUGGAGAUGAUGACACAGUUGGCCGUCAUAACCGUGGUGUCCUGCAUCUGCUGGAGUCCCUUUCUUAUUUACAUCCUUAUAUCUGUGAUCAAGUUUUAUGAAGGGAUCUCCAGACUGGAGCACCAGUGUGAGGAGCUGCUUCUACUGGCCCUGCGUUUGGCUAGCUGGAAUCAGAUUCUGGAUCCGUGGGUUUACAUCCUCCUGCGGCGAGCGGUCCUGCGCAGAAUUCUGCAUCUGUUGCAGCCCGAAAGAGUCAUGUUCACACAGAGCAUCUCCUACAGAGAUUAG